CAGACUUUGAAUGGAGAGUGUCUCUCACGCCCGACCCCACAUAGAGCUCCGAAGCCUCGGUUCAAAGGAAUAUGGCACAGACUGAUAUCGACGAGAGUUUAUAUUCUCGGCAAUUGUAUGUGAUUGACCAUGAUUCCAUGCGUCGCAUGGGAAAGGCAGACGUUCUCAUUGCUGGAAUGAGAGGUCUUGGUGUGGAGAUUGCCAAGAAUGUGAUUUUGGCUGGGGUCCGGUCGGUCACCAUCCAGGACGAAGGUGUGGUAGAGUGGAGAGAUCUGUCUUCUCAGUUUUACCUGAAGGAAAGUGAUCUGGGUCAAAACAGAGCAUUGUGUUCGGAGAAACAGCUGUCUAGUCUGAACGUCUACGUCCGAGUGACGGCACACACUGACAAACUCAAUGAAGACUUCCUCCAGCAGUUCCAGGUGCUGGUGCUCACUGAUUCAACUUUAGAUGAGCAGCUACGAUUGGGAAAGUUUUGCAAUUCGAACAAUAUAAAGUUCAUUUUAGCUGAUACCAGAGGACUUUGUGGGCAGUUGUUCUGUGAUUUUGGCGAUUCUUUUGAGGUUAUAGAUACAGAUGGUGGCACUCCAGUUUCAGCAAUGAUUUCUCAUAUCAGCAAGGAGAAUCCAGGCAUUGUGUCCUGCACAGAUGAGGAUAGUCACGAGUUUACUGAUGGCAUGUUUGUGACUUUCUCUGGAAUACAAGGCAUGGCAGAACUCAACGCCUGUGAACCCAUUGAGAUUAAAGUGAGAGAUAAAUACUCCUUCAGUAUCUGUGACACUUCAGGCUUUUCUGAGUAUGAGAGAAGCGGAGUGGCAACUGAGGUCAAACAGUCAAAGAUCUUCGACUUUAAACCUUUGGAUGUGGCUCUAGAUGAAGUUUUUAGAGAUCCUGAGCUUCUCGAGAUGACAGAUUAUGGCAAAACAGAAAGGCAUUUGUCUCUUCACCUGGCUUUCCUAGCCCUGCAUAAAUUCACUGAGGAAAACAGCCGAACACCAAUCCCAAGAUCCCAUGCCGAUGCUGAACUGCUGGUCAAUAUUGCAAAAGAGCUCAGCGCUACUAAAAAGUUCAGCGACCUGGAUGAAGACGUUGUGAGAAAAUUAUCUAUGGUUGCCAGGGGUGACCUGGCGCCUCUCAAUGCGUUCAUUGGGGGUCUGGCUGCUCAGGAGGUCUUGAAGGCUUGCAGUGCUAAAUUCACUCCUCUCAGACAAUGGUUGUACUUUGAUGCACUGGAAUGUCUGCCUGAAGAUGAAGGUUUUCUGAUUGAAGAGGCCUGCGCUCCUAGAGACUGUAGGUAUGAUGGGCAGAUUGCUGUGUUUGGAUCUGCUUUUCAAGACAAACUGAAGAAGCAAAAGUAUUUUUUGGUUGGAGCUGGAGCAAUUGGUUGCGAGCUGUUGAAAAACUUUGCUCUGAUUGGUCUGGGUGCGGGAGAGGGCGGGAGGAUCACAGUUACUGACAUGGACUCCAUCGAGCGGUCAAAUCUGAAUCGGCAGUUUCUUUUUGGCUCUCAGGACAUCGGGAGGCUGAAAUCAGAGGCGGCGGCGGAAUGCGUUAGAAAGAUGAAUCCUUACAUGAAUAUCACUGCUCAUCAAAAUCGCGUGGCUCCAGAAACCGAGCAGGUUUACACGUAUUCGUUUUACAGUCAGCUCGACGGGGUGGCAGCAGCGCUGGACAAUGUUGAUGCCAGAGUUUAUCUCGACAAAUGUUGUGUGCGGAACAGAAAGCCCCUGCUGGAGGGAGGAACUCUGGGUAGCAAAGGCCACACAUUGGUAGUAGUGCCACAUCUGACCGAGUCUUACGGACCGUCAACAUCUGGAGGACAGAAGGCCAUUCCCCUAUGCACACUCAAAAAUUUCCCACACCGUAUAGAGCACACAAUACAGUGGGCCCGAGAUCAGUUUGAAGGCCUGUUCAAACACAAAGCUGAGAAUGUGAACCAGUAUCUCAGUGACCCAGCGUUUGUGGAGCGCACAGUUGCUCGUGGGGAUGUGGAGGCAGUGGAAGUGCUGGAAGGAGUCUAUAGGAGUCUCACUCAGGAAUGGCCCCAGAACUGGACUGACUGUGUCAGCUGGGCACGCAAACGGUGGGAAACACUAUACAACAAUGACAUCAGACAACUGUUGCAAUGCUUUCCUCCUGAACAGUUAACCAGCUCUGGUCUUCCAUUCUGGAUGGGUGCAAAGAGAUGUCCACAUCCUUUGACCUUUGACACCAACAAUGCCCCCCAUAUGGAUUUUAUUGUGGCAGCUGCCAAUUUAUACGGUCGGAUUUAUGGAAUCAAAGGCUCUCGAAAUCAUGCGGAUUUUCAGAGCGUCCUGCAGGGUGUGAAAGUGGCAGAGUUUAUUCCUAAAUCUAGCUUAAAGAUCGCAGUGACCGACGAGGAGCUGAAAGAAGAUCAUGAGGCCAGAAAAGAUGAGGACAUGAUAAAGCUGGAGGAGUUGAAGGAGAAACUGUUGAAGCUUCAACUGAGUGAUCCUAACUUCCGGAUGAAUCCACAGGAGUUUGAGAAGGAUGAUGAUGACAAUUUCCACAUGGACUACAUAGUCGCAGCUUCCAACCUUAGGGCAGACAAUUAUGACAUUCCGACAGCCGACCGUCACAAAAGCAAGUUAAUUGCUGGCCGCAUCAUUCCAGCUAUCGCCACGACGACAGCUGCAAUCGCCGGACUGAUGUGUUUGGAGCUCUACAAGCUUGUCCAGGGUCACCAGCAAAUCAGUUCUUACCGCAAUUCAUACAUUAACCUGGCCACUCAAUAUUUUGUACUCUCACAGCCUUGUUCAGCUCCAAGAUUUACAGUCGCAGGGAAGCAGUAUUCUAUCUGGGAGGACUUCCUGCUGCAGGGCCGACACAAAGGUCGAGAGGAAAUGACCUUGGAGGAACUAUUGAAACACAUUAAGGACAAGUAUAACUUGACCGUCACUGGAUUGUUCUAUGGCCCGGCUGUAUUGUACAGUGACUCAAAUCACGAGGCUCGCCUGAAGCUAAGCAUAUCUGAUUUGAUAAGCUCUGUAACCAAGACUGAGAUUCCGGUUCAUGAGGAGAUGUUGGAGAUCAUUCCAUCGUUUGCGGAGGAUGAGGAUUGCUUGAAUGUCCCGCCCAUCAGAUACCUCCUUAGAUGAAGUCACCAAACCAGCCCUCUUCACCAAAAUAAUGGCCAAACUCUGUCUGUCUUUACUAUUUAAUGUUUGUGUGUUAUGAUAUAAGAUGUGAAUGCAAACCACUAUGAAUGGUUGUUGUAAAACAGGCCAUUAACUAUUUUAAGGACCUUUUAGGGAAGACAAAAUCUAGUGGAAAACACCCUUGAUUUUAGAGAAUGUGUCAGGAAAUUUGUUGAAUCAUUGUCAUUUUUACUUGAAAACAAAGUUAUGAGGAUCUUUUGCCAUGGUAAACGGUUGAACUUGAAUGAUUUUAUUUCAUAUCAUUUAAGUGGUAUAGCAUAUGUAAGGUGGUUUGUCCUUGGGCGAUUUGGUUUAAAUACAAAGACAAAAUCCAACGAUCUUUCUAUCUUCUUUAGCUAUACCCCCCCGGACCUUUGUUAUUUACCCAUGAGCUCUCUUUUGUCAUGUAUGAAGACCAAACAGAUCUAGAGACAGCUCAUUUUAUUUAAUCACCUCAAAACAUUUGUGUACUGUAGCUGACCUAAUCACAUUACUUUUAAAGAAUGACUUCUAAAACCGGGGGCUUUUUCUGACUAUUCAAUUUUUGGGACAAUUGAAGCACUUAAAACCUGGAGAGGGUUUAAUUAUUGAAAUAAAUAAACAAACUGCAUCUCAUCUGUCUGUUUCUCCAAACUACAUAUUUGCUUCUCAGCCAAAUACCUAUAGGGGAGGUUAAAUGCACAAUGGUAUACAGAUGAACUAUUGUGUUUCUGUAGCUCAGCUGGUAGAGCAUUGCAUUAACAGCACAAAGUUUGUGGUUUCGAGACCAAUGGAACAUGCAUAUUUAAAAAAAUGGAGAUCUUGAAUGCGCUUUAAGUCACUCUGCAUUAAAGUGGCUGCCAAAUGCAAAAAAUACAACUGUAAAAAAGAUGCAAAUAAAAACU